AUGUCAAAUAUCACAGGUGGUGGUGUGAGCUUAUUCUCUUCUGGGAACACAAAUGCUGGUGUUGGUGUAGAGCAAGAAUUACUAUUACCUCCCCAACAAGAAGAGAGUCUAAUUACUCAUCCUCAUCCUGUUGUCAAGAAAAGGAGAAAUCUCCCUGGCAACCCAGACCCAAAGGCUGAGGUGAUAGCUCUGUCCCCAAGUUCACUCUUGGCCACAAACAGAUUCAUAUGCGAAAUAUGCAACAAAGGAUUCAAGCGGGACCAGAACCUGCAGCUCCACAGGAGAGGCCACAACCUCCCCUGGAAGCUCAAGCAGAGGAACCCUAGUGUCGAGGUCAGGAAGAGGGUCUAUGUCUGCCCCGAACCGGGCUGCGUCCAUCACAGUCCGGCUCGGGCCCUGGGCGAUCUCACAGGGAUCAAGAAGCACUUUUGUAGGAAGCACGGGGAGAAGAAGUGGAAGUGCGACAAGUGUUCCAAGAAGUACGCGGUUCAAUCGGACUGGAAGGCUCAUGGGAAGACCUGUGGGACUAAGGAGUACAAGUGUGAUUGUGGCAACGUCUUCUCCAGGAGGGACAGCUUCAUAACUCAUAGGGCAUUCUGCGAUGCCCUAACUGAGGAACACAACAACAACAACGUCAGCACUUUAAACCCUCCACCAACUCAUGUAAUGAUCAAUUCAUCACAAACUCAACCAAAUAAUCACGAUAUUAAUAAUAAUAAUAAUAAUAUUGUUAUUAAAAACAUUAUUACCUCACCACCACAAAUUGACCAUUUUGACCCUCUAGACACCAAGAUCAACCCUUUCAUCGUGACCUCUUCACCAAGACCAACCCCAUUUUCAACUGCCGACAAUUACUUUUUUACCCCUACAACCUCCACCGCCAAUACUACACCUGCUCCUAGCCUCUCCUCCGCCACCUCACCACCAUCCUCCCUCCACCUCACCACCAAUUUGUCCCCACUCUUCCCUCAUCCCGCCAGCUCAGCAUCCAUGUCAGCCACCGCGCUUCUUCAGAAGGCCGCCCAGAUGGGGUCCACGCUCAGCAGCGUGGCGCCAAAACAGCUUGGCAGCGACCAUCAUCAAGGAUUCAUGGACCAAUUCUUCCACGUGGCGGGAGGAGGAGUACUAUUCAACGGGAACUUGCCAGGCUGUCACACCGGCUUCUUCGACGACGGCGAUAGUGAUAAUAGUAACGCUACCGCGUUGUUGAUGAACAACUUUGGUGGCGGGGAUGUGAUGACGACGGUUGACUUCUUGGGGGUUAAUACUAAUGGUGGGCCGGCGCCGUCUUCUACGUCGACAAUUGCGAGGAUUAAUAAUAUAGUUCCGGGGUUUUCGCCGCCGAUUUGA